AUGAAGAAUAAAACGAAGUUGAUGAAUUAUGAACAAGUGCAGAAAGAAUAUUUUCACUUGUCAAUGGAAGACACCAAUCAAUGUUUUAACUUGAUAAUUCAGCAGUGCUGGGAAAUUUUGUUAUUGGCGCAAACAUAUUUUACGGAAUUAUCAAUGUCUCGGGACAGAUUUCUUAUAGAUUUUCGAAACACUUUCCCAAGAUGCUCACAAAUUCUUCUAACUCACUUAUAAGGACAUGGUCGGAACCUGUCGUAUACAAUUCAGCUUACUAUCCCUUGUAAACGUUGUACUUACCUCAAUAUUGGUUGGUUAUCGUAUGCCUACAACUACGGGUUGAAAACGAAACGAAGUCGAUUUUCUCGCGCAACCUGGAG